GAGCACUUAUUCAUUUUUUUCUGCUGUUAAGGUUCCUUGCCAGAGUUCCUACGGUAAUUUAUACAUACAAUUUAAACGGAUUAAUCUUUCAGUAAUUUUCUCGUUAUACAAGUGUCACACGUGUUUCACAUGUAACAUAACCUCGAAAGUUAAGAAAGUUGUUUAUACUAAGUCUGUUGUGAAUAUUUAUGGCGUAAACAAACAUUGAUUUAUUAAACACGUGUUGAAUAAAAUUAUAAAAUAAUUAAAACAAAAUGAAAACAUCACGACAUAAAAAAGCCAGGAAACAUUUAGCCUUUUACAUAAACAAUUUUAAAUUUAGACAACCUUAUCAAAUACUCAUCGAUGGAACAUUUGCAUUUGCUGCACUUGAGAACAAAUUCAAUAUCCAAGAUCAAUUACCUAAAUAUUUUCAAGCAGAAACUAAAUUGUUGACUACGGCAUGCAUCAUUUUAGAGGUCGAAAAAUUAGGUUGCUUUUCCAAAGGGAUUGUAGGUGCAAUGCAUAUAAUUAAACGAUAUGCAGUUCAUCGAUGUGGACACGAGAAGAAACCGAUACCAGGUUCUAAAUGUUUGAUGUCUAUGAUAGGAAAAGAUAAUUCUUCUAGAUAUAUUAUUGCGACACAAGAUCGUGAUUUACAAAACGAAUUGAGACAAAUUCCCGGUGUGCCCUUAUUAUAUCUCCAUGGUAAAGCACCUACUUUGGAGACUCCUUCGGAGGCGAGUCAAACAUAUGCUGAAAACAUCAAAAAUAAUUUAGGAAUGAGUACAUGGGAGAAAGAGAAUAUGAAGACGUUAAAGAAAGAGGCAGGUUUAAUAAAUGAAGUCGAACAAAAAAGAAAAAAGAAGCAUAAGAAGGGUGGUCCAAAUCCGCUUAGUUGUUUAAAAAAGAAAAAGAAAGUACAAAUAGUAACAACAGUAUCGGAUAAACCAAAAUCUGGAAAAAUUAAGAAAAAGAAAAAAAUUAAAAUACCUGCGCAUGUUAAAGAAGCUCUAGUCGCUGAACUUUCAAAUAAAACUCAAUCAUCAUGACAGUAUUUACUUCAUAUCAGUAACGGUAAUAAUUUUCUUAUUUGUUAUCUUUUUUGUUUUUAUUCAUAAUACAAUAUUUCGAUUUAUUUUAUUAAGAAUAAAAUAUUUGUUUUAACUUUGGCUGGUUCAAGCUGGAACACAUCUAUCAUUUUGCUGUCGAUGACAUAAAAAAUGUACUUGUUAACAGUCAGUUAGUUUUAAAAUACAUUAUACAUUCUAUUUAUAAAUCGUUCAUUUUAUAGAAAUACAUCCAAAUGUAAUAUACGCAUGAAGUAUAAUACCAAAAUAUGGUAAUAAUUUGUUUUUAAUUGAUUCUCUAUUUAACAAACAUGAUAAAAGCCCGAGAUUUAUUUACUUAGAAGCAUGGAAAAUUAUUGCAUAUAUAUAAUAUCAUGCUGUCUAUGACACACAAUUGAUGUAAAAAAAUGAUCAAAAAUACAUCAUGAUUUUCAACAUUCCUUACAAUAUUUUCACGUGUAACUUGCCAUAUAUAUAUAUAUAUAUAUAUAUA